AUGACAGAUGGGUGGGACAAAUGCAUCGGGGAGAGUAAUGCAUGGCUUUUCAGCACUCUGCAGCAGCAGUUAAACUACGAGAAACCGUUGCCAGUGCAACAGGCCGUGAUCCCAGUAGUUCAGCGUGCGUUAUUGAGCGGGAUUCCUAUGGAUUUUUGUCUCACCGCCCCCACUGGCAGUGGAAAAACACUCUGCUACCUGCUGCCCAUGCUGCACCUGGUUACAGAUUGCAAGAAGGGUGUGGACCACACACGCCUCCGGGCAUUGGUGCUGGUGCCAACGAAAGCCCUUGGCAUGCAAGUAUUUCGCGAAUUGCAGCAGCUUACCCGUGGCACAUCCAUCGCUGUGGAAUCGCUCUGCAAAGGGGAUAUUAGUGUGAAGGAAGAAGCAGAAUCCAUUGUGCGCUUCGUCACCGUCGUAAACAGCAUGCCUCUCCCAGGUGAUGCAGAAAAGCCCAGCUCUGGUGAUGUGUACGGUGACUGUGAUCAUGAUGCCGCUGUUGAUGAUUCCACCAGUGAUGAUGUUGCGCGGGCAUCCUCUCGGCUGCAUUACUACUACUCCCGUGUUGAUAUUUUGGUCGCGACGCCACAGCGUCUGCUGCGCCAUCUUGACGGUACGCCUGGACUCUCUCUUGCCGACCUGCGUUUUCUGGUUAUUGAUGAGGCGGAUCAAGUCCUUGCUGGGAAUUUUUCCAAUUUUGUAGCAAAAGUGGUGGAGCGCUUUGAAGGGGAACAGGCGACGCGUGUAGGGAGUGUGGGUGGAACGCGUCGCCUUGUGCAGUUGAAGUACAAUCUACACAAGAUGCUCUGUUCUGCGACCCUUUCCUCGCACAUUGCUCGCAUCUCGGAGGUGCGGCUACGGAACUGUCGUCACUUUGCGUUGGAUAGUUUUGGCAGUGACAUUCACCGGGGUGAUGAGGGUGAGCCGCUCCCAUUGACCAAUGACACGAGGACAAGAGGGAAGAGGCGUCGUGGCGCCAAGGAUGGGGACAAGGGGCAACAAGAUAGCGAUGAAGAAAACGAUGAUCCAGUGGCAGCUUUGCCCAUUUCACGCCAACAACUGGUACGUACUUCCUUUGCACUUCCUCCAAAACUGCAGGAACAUGUCGUUUUUGUGGAAGACUGGUAUCGCCAUGCUGUUUUGUUGAAGCUCGUCCGAGCCAUUAUUGCGAAGCAAAGUACGGGCUGCGCACCGGCAGGGGCCAUCUCGCCGCGUGGAAACAACAACAAAGGCAAUGACGUCAAUGGCGAUGCUUCUGCCGGUGGUGAUGGGCAUGGCGUGAAUCCAGAAGAAGAUGGUAUUCUGAGAGACGAAGAGAACGAGGUGGAAUUCCGUGCUCUUGGUUAUCGACGUCAUAAGCGACGUGCGUCUACAGUAACUAUGUCAUCGCCUAGCGAAUAUCCGUCGUGCAGCGACGAUGCCGGUAAACGCAUCCUUGUCUUUUGUCGUACAGCGGAGGAGGCGCGUGUUAUGGGUCAUUUUCUUCUUUCUGCUGGCGUAAAGGCGACGGAGUUCACGACCCUUUCGACCGAGAGUGAACGGCGGCGUGCACUUCUUAAAUCGUCACCGGAUGCAUGCAUCGUCGCGUCGGAUGCUUUGAUGCGGGGGGUGGACGUACCUAACGUGGGCCAUGUCAUUAUGUACAACCCGCCGGAGACGCUUGCGCAGUAUGUUCACCGCGCUGGUCGUACAGCACGGGCCAUGCGAGCAGGCCAUUUGCAUCUUCUCCUACAGAAGAAUGGACCAAGUGGAACCCAAAAAGAUGGUGAAGUUGCCGUUUUUAAAGCCCUCAGCGCUGCUGUUUCACGCCGUCAACCCGUACUAUACGAACGCCAUUUCUUCAUGUUUGACAACCCUCCAAAUGCGGCAGUCCCCGCCACAACCGCCGCUGGUGGUGGAACCAGGGAGGACGCAACCACAAAAGACAGGGCACUUCUGUUGGUGGAGGAGGCAGAUGGAUACCUGAAGAAGACACAGGCACGACUGGCGACGCAUUGGUCAUCUGCAAUUGAAAGCAGCCAAAAAGAGAGGAUGGCGAAAAAGCGGACAGCUGCAACAGGCAGUGAAUCGACAAUUCAUGCACCCUCUGUGAAGAAGGAGCGCAAGUCAUGA